GUUUCAUUUUGAUUUAGUUCUCCUUACGUUAACUGUGUUAUUUUCGACUUAUUUUCUAUGUGCAUUUCAUUAUAUUUACCUGAAACCAAUUCUAAUAUCAAAACAAUAUGGACGAAACAACUAUUGACAUCGAUGGCGCCCCCGAAAAAUCCGUUCUUAAAACUAAUUUGCCCAAACCCUUGACAAUGGAAGAGAAGAAGUACUUACUCGCGGUAGAAAGAGGCGAUAUGGCAAAUGUGCGACGGAUGUUGCAGAAGGCACACAGGCACCGUUACAUCGACGUCGACUGUGUGGAUAGCUUGGGCCGAAGUUCUCUGACUAUAGCCAUAGACGGGGAGAAUUUGGAGAUGGUCGAGUUGUUGGUCAUAAUGGGUGUGAAGACCAGGGACGCGCUUCUUCACGCAAUAAAUGCGGAGUUUGUAGAGGCGGUUGAGUUAUUGCUCGAGCAUGAGGAGUUGAUACACCAGGAAGGCGAACCAUACAGCUGGCAAACCGUAAAUUUAAGUACUGCCACUUUCACACCAGAUUUAACCCCAUUGAUGUUAGCAGCUCAUAAGAAUAACUACGAGAUACUCAAGAUUUUGCUUGAUCGCGGUGCGACAAUUCCUAUGCCACAUGAUAUAAAGUGCGGUUGUGACGAUUGCAUCAAGGAGUCAAAGGAAGAUUCAUUACGACAAGCCCUCUCAAGAUUAAACGAAUACAAAGCGCUAGCAAGUCCCUCUUUGAUCGCACUAUCAUCAAGCGAUCCGAUUUUGACCGCCUUUCAGCUGUCCUGGGAACUGCGAAAUCUUGCGUUUGGGGAACCGGAGUGUCGCGCCGAAUAUUUAGAAUUGAGAAGACAAUGCCAACAGUUCGCAGUCGAUUUGUUGCAUCAAUCGCGCAGUUCAGAAGAGCUAGCAAUUAUAUUAAAUUAUGAUCCAGAGAGUCCUCCGUAUGAAGCCGGCGAUCAUAUGAAGCUGGCUAGGCUCGAGCUGGCGAUUACGUAUAAACAGAAGAAAUUUGUCGCCCAUUCUAACAUUCAACAACUACUAGCCGCACUUUGGUACGAGGGGGUGCCAGGGUUUCGGCGAAUGACAACGCCUGAAAAAUUGAUCAUCAUACUAAGGACGGCGUUAUUUUUUCCAUUGUACUGCACCCUGUACAUGCUUGCGCCCCAAACGGGCACCGGGAAAUUAAUGAGGAAACCAUUUAUGAAGUUUUUGAUACAUGCAUCUUCUUAUCUAUUUUUUCUUUUUAUCCUGAUUUUGGUGUCGCAACGAGCUGAAGAUCUACUUAUUGAAUUUUUCGGGACUGAAAGCAUGAAAACGGAAAGGUUUGAAAAACAAAGAGGAAACCCACCCGCAAUUCUAGAGUAUGUCGUAUUAAUAUACGUUAUUGGUUACAUAUACGAAGAAACAUACGAAAUCUACGCGGAAGGGAUGCAAUCAUAUUUGCGAAAUUUGUGGAACUCCAUCGAUUUUACAAGAAACUUUCUAUAUUGCAUGGUCUUUGUAUUGCGCGUUGCAGCUUAUCUACAGCAAAAGAAUGAAAUCGAAAAGGACCCAUCAACCGCUUAUAUCCCCCGGGAGAACUGGAACGCAUUUGAUCCGCAACUGAUUGCUGAAGGUUUAUUUGCGGCUGCAAAUAUUUUCAGCGCGCUGAAGUUAGUUCACCUGUUUUCAAUCAAUCCGCAUUUGGGACCUCUGCAAAUAUCCUUAGGCCGAAUGGUUAUUGAUAUUGUAAAGUUCUUCUUUAUUUAUUCGUUGGUACUUUUCGCUUUUGCAUGUGGUUUGAAUCAGUUAUUGUGGUACUUCUCUAAUUUGGAAAAGAAGAAAUGCUACUCUCUUCCGAAUGGCGAACCGGACUGGGAAAAUCAAUCUGAUGCCUGCAUGAAAUGGAGAAGUUUUGCCAAUGUAUUCGAAGCUUCGCAAUCUCUUUUCUGGGCCAGUUUCGGUAUGGUCGAUUUGGAAAACUUUGAAUUGAUGGGCAUAAAGACGUACACGCGAUUUUGGGGCUUGCUGAUGUUCGGUUCGUAUUCGGUAAUCAACGUUAUCGUGUUACUGAAUCUACUCAUCGCUAUGAUGUCCAAUUCGUAUGCGAUGAUUGAUGAACAUUCUGAUACUGAGUGGAAGUUUGCGAGAACAAAGUUAUGGUUAAGUUAUUUUGAGGAGGGGAACACCUUACCUCCACCUUUCAAUGUAUUCCCAACAAUGAAAACUUUGGCAAAAGCCUUCAAACUCAGAAGGAAAGAUAAGGAAAGGAAUUUAUCUACAAAUAGUAGAAACCGAGAAGAAAAGGAAAGAGACUAUAGAUACACCUCGAUAAUGAGAGCUCUAGUAUGGCGUUAUGUAUCCAGCAUGCAUAAGAAAAUGGAAGAAGAUGCUGUAACAGAAGAUGACAUUAACGAAGUUAAAGGUGACAUUUCCGCCUUCCGUUAUGAUUUACUAGAGGUACUUAGCAAAAAUGGGAUGGAUAUAUCAUCUGUGGAAACUAAAGAAAAAGCUGUUUUGGGGAAAAAAAUGAAGAUGUGGGAACGGCAAUUAAUGAAAGACUUUAAAGUAGCGCCGAUUGUAACUGAGGAAGAAGCUGAUCAAUUAAUUUAUGAAUCUCCUCCAGCAAAUGAAGAUCCUCUAGCUAGAUUUCGAAGAAUAGCAAAAUUAGCGGUUCUGACAUCUAAUUUGCAUAAAUGGAAACAAGUUGUAACGGGCGUUUGCUUAGCAUCCCAAAUAGGACAUUGCAGCAGUAAAGAUUCAUUUAGAAAACAGCAAAACUUAUUGAAAGCAAUGGAGGAAGUACAACGGAUAGUGACCCGUAGCCCUGCUCCUACAUCACGACCUCCAACGCCUAUAGAUUUGCCGGAUACAACUGGUCAAUCAAUCAUGGAAAUACUAAAAGACAUGAAUCCCAAAGGUAACCCAAAAAUAUCAAAAAAGUUUGAUAUGUUUAAAUUAUCUAAAACACCACUACAACCCAAAGUCGUUGUCUCACAGCCUUCAAUCGCCUUAUCUCCUCCUUCGCCUAAAAAAGAAAGUAGCUUGGCAGCUGACGACGUUCCUGAUUUUAUUCAAUUAGAAAGUCCUAAAUCACCAUCAGUUAAAUCAUUGCGCAGUAACAUAUUUUCAGGCCAAACGAUACUUGAGGAAGAAUCGGAAAUAAUAAAAUCCCCCGACUUAAAAACGAGACCACCAAUUGUAAUUGUUACCACAGAAGAACCGACAACCAGUGAUCAAGAACCUGAAACACUGCCAGAAAGUACCACACCCGAGCAGCCCGUUUCGACUGUAGAAUCUGAAGAGGAAACCGUCCAAGACGCGUACAAGGAAAGUGCGGAGUUAAUUGCAGAAACUAAAGAUACAUUAAUUGAAGAAAUAAAACUUACGACUGCAGCUGCUGAAGACACUCUGCUCGUGCCAAUACCAGUGGAGAUGUCCCUAACAACCGCAGAGUUAAAACCAGACGAAAAAGAACUGCAAGUAUCAGACCGAAGUGACAUGGAAGACGAAAAAGAAGAGACGAGUAAACCGGAAGAUAACUCAACAAUAGAGGAUGUAACUUGUAUCAAAGAAGACACAGAAGUCAGCGAACAAGGGAUUGCAGAAACAGAUGAUGCCACAAAACCAAGCCCUGUAGAACAAUCUGCAGAAUCUGUACCGAUCGAACCAGAGACCAGUGCGACUAAAGAAGAUAAAGAGCAAGUAAACGCGGAGGAAAUUUCCCCAACAAAAACACCAUCUCCGCCGUCAGAAGAGACAACCGAAGAAUCGCCAACUGGAAAAUCAAAAAGUCGAAAAGCGCAAGCACCUCCACUUCCCGAAGCUAAGCCACCGGAAGAAUCAAAGAAAGCCAGUUCAACAGAAGGAAAAGACGCAAUAGGAGUGAUAUCCCCCGAUAGCGCGCAAACUGCAGCCAAGUCGCCAUUAACCUCUAGAAACAUAACGCGAAUCGGGGAUACAAAACCUAGGAAACAACCAAGAACAGGAUGGCUGUGAAAACAUAAAGAUAUUACAAAAAACAUAAAUUCGCAGAAUUUAUUUAAUGGAAGUUGCUCACUAUUCUGUAAAUUAUACGUUUAAGCAAGUAAUAUUUGUCAAGAUUGUGUUAAUAAAAAAUUAAAGAUUAUCGAUUUU